GAGAACCCGUGCUAUAUUAUAGUCAUGGAUAAAUAGUAAUAUAACGUAAAAAUAAUGUACCAGAAAAAAUACACAUACCAGAGGAGAUACAGAAUGCGCAUGCGCACAUCUUGCAGUUGUCAAAUAGUGGUUAUGGAGAGGACGUUGGACUAAUAAGUUGUCCUUGUAUUUGGUAAUGUGACAUCUUGGCAAACUUGUAUGAAUGAAACACACAGGAGCGGGAUGCCGCGUAAGAUAGGAUUCACUGUGAUCAGCUGGUCUGGUCAUGAGGAGAAUUACAGUGCCAGAGAGCUGAUGGUUCAUGCUCCUACCAUCAAUGGCUGGAGGUCUGCCAGGUUCUGUCCGUUCCCACAGGAGAUCACACUACAGAUGGUGGAGAGAUGUCGCGUCAGGAAGCUGCAGCUGCUGGCUCAUCAGUACCUGAUCUCUGCCAAGGUAGAGUUCCACAUUGGGGACAGAGAACCUGCUUCUCCCCGGCGCCUUCAGCAGUUCCGCAGACUUGGGUAUGUAUCACUCUCCACUAAUGAGAAGACUGGGUUCAGAGCACGAGAACUGAAGUCAGUGCAUGUAGAUGCUGUCGGGACCUAUCUGAAGCUUACCUUUCACAAAAACCAUGUCAAUCAGUACAACAUUUAUAACCAGGUCGCGUUGGUGGCUAUAAAUAUAUUAGGUGACCCAAUGGACUGCAGUGAUAGCAGCCCAAUACCAGGCCGAGAUCAGCUGAUUGAUCAGUACAUUGGCAGCACACAGCACAGCUCAUCCCUGGAUGGCUCCUAUGCAGGGUAUAAGCAUGAGUCUAUCUCGCCACUGGAUGACUUGGCGUUUGACAUGUAUCAGGAUCCUGAGGUUGCUCAUAUCAUUCGCCUCCUGGAUGAUAAGAAACAAGAAAUGGUCCGAUUAGAGAGAUACCAUCUGGCUAAAAAGCUCAAACAGGCCAUAGCAGAUUUACAGAAGGUAGGGGAGUGUUUGGGCAGGUAUGAUGUGGAGAAACACAGUGCCAUAGAGAGGGAGGACUAUGACACAGCCAAACAGAAGAAAGAGCAGAUGGAGGCCUACAGGCUCAGAGUCUACCAGCAACUUGAGCUACAUGACCUCCUUGACAUGGGCCAGAUCCAGAGAAUGCCAGUAAAUGUGUCCGACUGUGGUAUUACCUCUCCAAGUGUUCGUCCACUCCAACAUUCCAUGCCUCUCUCUGAAACACCGAAGAAGAAGAACCAGGAACAGCUUUUGGUGGAAGAGAAGCAGAUUACACCUAAACCAAUGAGCCCUGAACACACAAGUGCACCACAUACACCCCCUCACUUUCCAAAUAUUGAUGUCAGCUCCUUGCCAUAUGAGGAGAGGCCUCUACCAGCCUUGAAGAGAUCGGAGACUCGGCUGCAACCUCAGGCCGAACAAAUGCUUGCUCCAUUGGACCCAAGUAGCGCACACAGUCCUGAAGUUACUGGAGAACCAGAGCCGUUGUCAGAGAAAGCCCAGAGAGAAGCUGUUCUGCCCAUAGAGGUCUACGGAGACAGUCUAGUGGCUGGAGCAUACUCAAAGACCUGGUCCUAUAGGCAAGAUUCUUUACUGGCAGUGUAUAAGAAACUAACAGAGGUUUCACCAGGAACCCCUAAACCUGAACUGACGAACAUGAUGAGAGCAGCAGUGUUCCUCUGCAAGAAAGCACUUACUGAUAAAGUGUCAUCCGUUUUCCAGGCAUCACUAAAGCUACUGAGGAUGAUUCUGAAGGAGUUUGUGUCCUCUCACCAGCUGGGAAGAUCUGAGAUUAGUUACUGUGUAGAGCACGUCUGGCCAAGUCUUCUGUAUCGGACUGGCGAGUUCACAGUGAGACUCCGCACACUGGCCAUUAGUUUUAUACAGGAGAUGGCUGUGUAUAAGGAGGUUCGUGCUCUGCAGUUUGUCCCCACUGAGCUGGUAAAGCCCAUAAAGAGCAGCAUGCCUGCACGUCUGGCUCUCAGCAGGCUCGAACUGUUGGAAAAGCUUCUGGAACAGCUUGGCAGCAACAACUCCGGCUUCACCCUUGACAACGUCAUGCGGUUUCUAGCAGGAGCACUGGAGCACUGUGCAGCAUCCGUGCGUGAGGUGGCUGUACGUAUCGUGCAGAUGAUGUACCACCUCCAUGGCCGUUCCAUACUGAGCUACCUGCCACCAGAUAAUCCCAGCACUCAGAAAAACAUCCUCUACAAACAUCUCUUCGACUCUUUUGCCAAGAUAGAUGGAAGACUUCCACAGUCACAGGUGAUGAAAGGAAGAGUGCAGAAAGAGGGAGAGAAAGAGGAGCAGGAAAUCAAGAGCCUGCAGGAGCAACUGGCCGUUCUGAAGGAGAUCAGUGAAAAGGGGAAGGAAAAGAACAAAUCGCCAGAGAGAAAACCUGAGAAGCCACAUAAACCAGGUGUUAAAAAAGGAACACAUUCCAUCUCUACUGAUGGAAAAGGGGGCCAGUCCAUACCAAACUAUCUAGACAAUCUUUGCAUAUUUUGUGGGGAGAAAGACAAGUCUUUUACAGAAGAGGGUUUGGACCUGCACUACUGGAAACACUGUCCAAUGCUGUGCCGAUGCCCCCAGUGCAGACAGGUAGUAGAGAUUGCAAGCUUAGCAGAGCACCUGCUCUCAGAGUGCGAACACAAAUCAGAUUUUACCCAGUGUCAUCAAUGUUCUGAGGCCAUCAUCAAAAAUAAGUUGACUGAACAUGUUCAAAGCACAGCCUGCAAUCCUCUUCCAGAUACUAUGGCCAACGGAAACUGUAACCACUGUCCUUUGUGCCAUGAAAACUUCCCUCCAGGAGAGGAGAGCUGGAAGUUUCACCUCAUGGACAGCAGUGCUGGCUGUAAGCAGAACACACGCAGGAUGGUGGCACUACAGCGAGCUAAGACACACACACAAGGGAAGACAAUCGGCACAGCAGCAAUGAAGCCAGCAGCAGUAGAGUCUGUUGGGAAAGGCAGAGGAGGUGGCAAGAGCAGCAGUCGCAUCCCUGCACCUGCACCACGACCCAGUAGGACUGGUAAAGUAAAGCCCUAAACAGGGUACUCGAGUAACUAUGAGUAGCUUGUAGCUUGAAAAUCUACAGUUUCAAAGUAGCUUCCCCAACACCGCAGGUUAGAGUUUUACCAACUAAACCAAACAUGUAGUGUCCAUGAUGUAAAAAGUAUAAAAUAAUUUUCUGCAAUGUCUUUAUCUUAGAUUUGAGCUUUAUUACAGUGAGGAGCGCUCAACAUCUGGCUGUCAUUCCUUAGCACUUGAAUUUAGAGUUAAAGGUGAAGGAUUCAAAUGUAUAAAAUUUACUAAGUUUAAAUCGACAAUACUGAUCGAUUUUUCCCAAACAUAUCAAAUGUAAGAGAACCCCCAAAUGAACAGAUAUUAACCAAAGCAGUGUCAGAAAAAAACAAGACCUUUUUCAUAUUGAAAAAAUCCAUAUAUAUCAGCAUUUUCUAUUAUGACUGGACAUUUCAUUGCUGUUGUUCUUAAAAAGAGCCACACAGGACCCUGCAGUGAUGGUGAAACUGUCAUGAAUAUUAUAAUAUUAACAUGUAAACAGUAUUUCAGCAUUCAAUACACCCACUUCUAUAUUUAAUGACAGUUGUAUCAUAGACUUUUAUUCAUUUCAGUCAAACUGAUGAAAGAUAUUUUUGGCCAUGAGUCAUAUGGUGAUGUAGUGACUAAUAUCAAAAUCAUUGUAAACACUGAAAAGCUUUUAUAUUUAAAGAACUAUUGAUGCUUUUUGCUAUUUUGUGGAUUUGUUUGUGGAUUUCUGUAUAAAUGCUCUAAAGGCAGUGUUUAUAUUUGUUACAUUUCCAAAAAGGGUAUUAAAAUGUAUUUAUUCAAUAAUGUCAAACAGUGUGGAUUUGUCAAUUAAGUAGCUUAAAACACUAGAAACGUAACCUAUAACAAAUAAAUCUGUAAAUGUAUAAAUAUACCUGUACGGUUACCAAAUCUAGAUGUAAAAAUGUAAAUAUGAACAUUACAUGAAAUCAUUUUGCUGGAUUGAAGUGUCCUUGAUGGAAUUAAAAUAUGUUUAAUUAAAUAAA